UUAUAUGUCAAAUUGCCACAAGAGAUCCCUACCUACUGUUUUCGUUGUCUUAAAUCCCAAACCUGUUUUCAUUCCAAAACCCCUAUCUUCCUUCUUCUUACAUAAUUUUAUUUCUUUCUAUGAUAAAUAAUUUCUCUCUGGUCUCUGCACCAGUUUAUCUCUCGUUCUGUGGUCAUCUCUAGUUCUCCGUUCUUUAGCCAUGGGACGUGGUAGAAAGCGGCAGCUACCGGAGUUAACCCUUGAUAUGUCGACGGAACUGCCGGAAACCGACGGCAAUUCCCCGGAGUGUUGUGGAUCCAAGGCGGAGCAUGAGGCGGCGAUGUUUUGCCACAGGACGCAAUCUUCGGAAAAUCAAGAACUCUACAGUGUAAUCGGCGACGUAAACCGCGAUAAACCAUAAGGAAUUGAAGAGAGUGGGACGGAAAUUUAAGGUUAUGUGGAGGAAAUUGGAGGUGGGGUUAUAAAUAAUAAAUUAAUUAUUGAGGUUGGGGAAAAGAAGGCGGUGGAAAUUGAGGAGAAAUGGAAAGAAAGUAGUGGGAAGCGGUGAAAAAUUGUGAUUCUGGGAAGGACGGAGGUAGUAGGUUGGGGAAGAAGCGUGGUAGGAAGCCCAAGAAAAAUAAGGAAAGAUUGCAUGUUCAGGAUGCUGAGUGCGCACCUGUUGAACAGAGUGGUGAAAAAGUGGAAAAGGUUGAAGGCGAAAGCCCAGCGAAUGGUCAGAUGAUGAAAGAGAAUGGUCCAGCUCGCCGCUUCUGGCACAUCAGUUUGGUAUCAGAGCCUUGGUUAAGCAGUACUUUGAAGCCUUUGGAGUGCAAACACGUGAGGGAGUGAACCAACCUGUCCUUUAACCGAGUGGAACACUUAGUGAGUUUGAUUGUGAUAGCAACAUGUCUGAUGAAGGAGAGGUGCCUUCACCAGUCUCAAGAGGUCUCAUAUUGGAUCAAGCACAUAUGCUAAGACUUGAAAGACAGCAGAAUGCAAUGCAAGAGCAAAUUGCUCAGAUCACACAAGCUUUGGCAAGACUAGUUGCACUCCAGCCACAAAGAGAGCGCAAUGGUCCUAGGAAGCAAGGGCGUGGUGAUGAUGAUGAAGAACCUGGAGUUGAUGAAGGUGCUUAUGAUCAGCACCUGCCUAGGCAUCCACAUGGCCAAAGAGACAACAUUAAGAUGAAGAUUCUAACCUUUCGAGGUACCAGCUCACCUGAAGAGAACUUAGAAUGGGUACAAAGAGUUGAAAAAAUCUUUGAAUAUCAGGAAUACAGCGAAGCAAAGAAGUGCAAACUUGCUGCCAUUGAGUUUGUUGAUUAUGCAAACUUAUGGUGGGAGAACGUAAAGGCUCAAAGACAUAGGAAUAGGCUUGAUGAUGUACAAACUUGGUAUGAGAUGAAAAGAAUCAUGGAGAAGCGAUUUGUACCUGAAUAUUACAAACAGGAGUUGUAUAUCAAACUCCAAAGUUUGCGCCAAGGUGGAAUGUGUGUGAAAGACUAGUUAAAAAAUUUGAGAUGCUGAUGCUGAGAUGUGAUGUGAGGGAACCACAAGAACAAAUCAUUGCCCAUUUUCUUGGUGGUUUGAAUUAUGAAAUUGCUAAUACUGUUGAAUUGCAACCAUAUGUGUUUUUUGCAGGAUAUGAUCAAACUUGCCAUUAAGGUUGAAAGACAAAGAAUGAAAGGUGGAUACAAGGGCACUACUACCAAAACAUUUACAAAACCUUCUAACACUAGCACCCCACUUACUAAUGAUAAAGGUGGCGUGAAGAAGCAUGACAAAGGAGAGAGCUUUGGCAAAGCAUCCGUUGGUGUAAGCCAGGGCAAGGAGAAGGAAGUAGAUCCAGCCCCUCCCAAAAGAAGUAGAGACAUAAAAUGCUUCAAGUGCCUCGGCCAUGGACACAUUGCUUCAGAAUGUCCCAACAAGAGAGUAAUGGUGUUGAUGGAAGCCCAAUGGGAGCUAGAGAGUCAAGAUGAGACUUGCGAAGAGAAAGAGAAUCAUGAAGCAUAUGGUGAUGAGGAAGUAGAGUAUGCUGAUUUUGGGGAGAUGUUAGUGGUCAGAAGAACCUUAAGUGCGCAUGCAACAAAAGAGGAAGAGCAAAGAGAGAACAUCUUCCAUACUAGAUGCACUAUUUUCAGCAAGGUAUGUAAUGUUAUUAUUGAUGGUGGUAGCUGUACUAAUGUUGCUUCUACUACCUUAGUAGAGAAACUUAAUCUGCCCACCUUAGUGCAUCCUUAUCCUUAUAAGUUGCAAUGGCUAAAUGAUGAUGGUGAUGUUGCCCAAAAUAGCUUUGAACUCAUCAAAGCCACACUGACCUCUGCUCCAAUACUUGCAUUGUCGGAUUUUUCGAAGACCUUUAAGGUAGAAUGCGAUGCUUUCGGAGUGGGAAUUGGGGCUGUUCUAAUGCAAGAAGGACGUUCCAUUGCUUAUUUCAGUGAAAAGUUGACUAGAGCUAGUUUGAACUACUCAACCUAUGAUAAAAAGUUCUACGCUCUUGUUUGUGCCUUGGAGACUUGGCAACACUAUCUCUUGCCAAGAGAGUUUGUUAUCCACACAGACCAUGAGUCCUUGAAGCACCUAAAAGGACAAAGUAAGCUGAACAAGCGACAUGCCAAAUGGGUGGAGUUUCUUGAAUCAUUCCCAUAUAUGAUCAAGUAUAAGAAGGGACACUCAAACAUUGUGGCUGAUGCAUUAUCUAGGAGAUAUGCCUUAAUCUCUUUGCUAAAUACUAAGCUGUUGGGAUUUGAAUUGAUGAUUGAACAAUAUAAGUCAGAUAGGGACUUUUCUUCUAUCUAUGAUUCUUACAAAGAGAAAGCCUUUCAGGGAUUCUACUAACAUGAUGGCUACCUCUUUCAAAUGAAAAAGUUGUGUAUUCUCAACUGUACUAUCAGAGAAUUAUUGGUAAGGAAGGCACAUGGAGAGGGUCUCGCUUGCCAUUUUGGUGAAAAGAAGACUUUAGAAGCCUUAAAUGAGCAUUUCUAUUGGCCAAAUAUGAUGAAAGAUGUGCACAAGGUAGUAGAGAAAUGUGUGGCGUGCAAGAAGGUUAAAAGCAAGGAGAUGGUGCAAGGGCUGUAUAUGCCUCUUCUAGUUCCUAAUCACCUAUGGGAACAUAUGAACAUGGAUUUUGUGCUUGGCUUGCCCAGAACUCAAAGGGGCAAAGAUUCCAUAUUGGUUGUUGUUGAUCGGUUUUCUAAAAUGGCUCAUUUUGUUCUUUGCCAUAAAACUGAUGAUGCUUCUCUUAUUGCUAACCUUUUCUUUGAGGAAAUUGUUAGGUUGCAUGGCAUUCCAAGAAGUAUUAGUUCAAAUUGUGAUGCCAAGUUCCUAAGCUAUUUUUGGAAGACUUUAUGGAAGAAGCUUGGAACUCUUCCUCUUUAGCACAGCCUAUCAUCCUCAAACAGAUGGGCAAACGGAAGUGGUGAAUAGAACUCUCUCUACCUUGCUAAGAACUGUCAUCAAGAAGAAUUUGAAGAGUUGGGAUGAAUGCUUGACCUAUGUUGAAUUUGCCUACAAUUGAAGUGUGCACAGCUCAACUAAGCACUCUCCUUUUGAAGUAGUUUAUGGCUUCAAUCGAAUCACACCAAUGGAUUUGAUGCCAAUUCCUAUUUAAGAAAGAGCCAAUAUUAAUGGGGAAAAGAAGGCAAAGAUGGUGAAGUAUAUGCAUGAGCAAGUUAAAAAAUGAACAAUACAACAAAACCGUUAACAAGAAAAGGAAGCAAGUGCGGUUUGAACCAGGUGAUCUAGUGUGGCUUCACUUGAGGAAAGAGAGAUUUCCAAAUCAGAGGAAGUCCAAGCUAUUGCCAUGAGCUGAUGGUCCAUUCCGUGUGGUAGCAAGGAUCAAUGACAAUGCCUAUAACGUGGAUUUUCCUGGUACAAACUCUCACCACUUUCCAUGCUAAGCUUUUAUGGAAUUGCUGGGAAAGAGAGUAGAUGUGUGGCAUGGGGGAAUUAAUGGACACAGCAGCGUAGCGUGACUGAUCAUCUAAUAUGUUUAUAUUGGUCCAUAUUCUAAUCUUAAUUUAUAUUUACUAAUUUGUUUACUAAUUAAAUUUAACUCACAAUUUAAAAGAAUUGAGAGAUAUAAUAAUGAGUAAUUAAACGUUAUCAUUAAUGACGUUAUUAUUUAAGGGGCCAUUAUUUUAAAUGUAAUAAUUUAAUGCACCAGUUAAAUGGACUUAUUAAUAUCCCAAUUAGACCUUAUUAAAACAGAAUUUAAAAGAAUGUGGCCAUUAUUGUAGUUGGUCAUAAAUUAAUUAAGAUGAUUUUAUUUAAAUACAAGUGGCUUAAAUGGAUAUAAUGAUGGAAUAGUGGCCCCAUAAAAAAUGAGCCUAACUAAUAAUUAGUUAUUAAUUGUGUAACACCCCAAAAUGAUCUAAUAUACCGUACAUAUAUGAUUAAUAAAAUUUCUAUGAAUUUAUUCUAUUAAGAAAUUCAUAUUUUGAGUAAAUUUAAAAACAUUUAUCUAUUAUUGUAACACUAAGGAUUUGAUCCUGAGUGUUUUAUUAUGUAAUAAAACAAACAAAUACUGAAGAAUGAAAAUGAGUCUUAAGGGUGUAUAAAAUAGAGGAAUGGAGAAACAAGGAUGUAAGGAGAUAUUAUGUUAAGGAUGGAAUAAAUUGAAAUUUCACCAAAGCCAUUAGAUUUAUGCCACUUGGCAAACUUCAGUCGAAGUGAAAAGAAAAAGAAAUGUAAAAAAGAGAGGAUGGACUGGAACUCCACUUCCAUUUCUAGGAUUCAUCCCAUUUUCUAUUUCCAAUUUUCUCUUCCUUUGCUGUAAAGUUAUUUCCGUUCAUUCAUCACACUUAAGCUAAGUUCUUUACUUUGAAUUGUCCACUUGUGAUGCAUGCUGAAUGCAUCAAUUAAAAACACUUUACCUAAGCUACUUGUAUAUAGGGUAAACAGAGGUCGAUCCCACAGAGAAUUAGUAAAUGCAAACAAGAAAACAGAUUUUAGAGAUACAAAUAAACAAAAGAAACUUAAAACAGACAAAAUAAACACUUAAUUUAUCAAAUUGAAUUUGCAAAGCAAAAUAAAGAAGGGUUUUGAUUUGUAUUUGCUAAACUACUGAAGCUAAACUAAUAAUGCUAGAAUAUAAACUAAUGCUAAUGAUAGUUAUGAAUACUUAACACAACCAGAUUGCAACGAAUUCAGUAGAAAGGGUGCAUGUAACAUGUAUCAAUCAUUGACUAAAGAUGCAAAUUUAUUCAAUUGAGUAAAUUGGUUAUAGAAGUUAAUAAUUUCCUUAUCUUUCCUUACAGAUUAGAUUAACCAAGCAGUGCUCUAUAAUUAAUCCGUUACCAUCACACUCAAUCUAAGAUUAGGGUAGCUUAUAAUUAAAUUUAAUAGUAGCAUUAAUCAUCAGAAAGACAUCCCAAUUCAAGGUAACAAAUUCAUUCAGUAUGGUUUAUUUAAUCUAGACACUCAUCUUUAUAAUGAAAUAAAUUAUUAUGUGUUACUUGUAGUCAGAUUAUUCAAGCUAUUAUGUACUCAAAUUAUAUUAACUUAGCAAUAUGUUUUUAUACAUAAUUAAUUAGUUGGUCACUCUAACUAAUCAUACAUUCAACAUUCAUAACAUAAACCAAAAGAAAAGUGAUACUCAAUAUAGAACAAAUCUGGAUUUUAUUAUACUCAAAUCAAUGUCUCAUGGUACAUGUUCCAUGGCUUCAACCAUCUCCUUAAUAAAUUAUAAAACUACUCACAUAUAACUAAGAAUAUUAAACUUAAAUAAAUUAACAAAAGAAGAGAGAAAAGCGUGUUGCUCCUUAAAGGUGGUAAGCUUUUUAGCACAUCCUCACUAACGAAGUCUUCGAAUUCCUUCAAUAAUAGUUGGACUUCAAUGGGAUAUUAAGAUGAAUUUCCAACUUAGUUACUUUUGGCUACUUCGUUUACUAUAGCAUAAAUGACCACCAUCUCACUACUUUUAGCUUUAAACUUUUCAGCACUCAAAUACCCAUUUAUGGUGCUGGUUGUAGAACUCUUAGUUGUCAAUUGCUUUACCUCUUCCUUAAAAGUAUGCAAAGUUUACCUCUUGUUGCCUUUGUAAAAGGAGUAAGUACUAGGCUUUGUCGUAUGAAUUAUCAUGAUCAAACCAAGGUCUCCCAACAAGAAUGUGCCCAACAUCCAUUGGUACAACAUCACAUGAAAUCUUCCAAGUUACCUCCCAUAGUUAAUUUCACCAAAUGUUGAGAAGUUGCUGGUAUCACAUGCCCUUUCUUUAACCAGCCAACCUCGUAUGGGUGAGGAUGUUUUGUUGUAGGAAGCUUCAAUUUGUCCACAAUCUCCUUAGAUAUGAUAUUUUUCAUACUUCCUCCAAUGACCAGAUCACAAACCUUACCUCUGCAAAUAACAUCUGCAUGGAAAAUAACAAAUUUUUUGCCUCAAUAACAAAUUUUAACAACUUGGAAUCACCAAUGAACAUCAUAAAGAGGACAAAUGAACAGAGAUAAAAGCAAAAAGGGCAAAGGACACUUACACAUCUCAAAUGAUGUAUAUGCUCAGUCAUGUUUCUGCUAUAAAUCAGACUAUCAUCAAAAUACAAUUAUAAAUUUUCCAAUGAAAGUACACAAAACAUGAUUCAUUAAUCUCAUGAAAGUACUUAGUGCAUUAUUUAGCCCAAAUGGCAUCACUAACUACUCAUAUAAAUCAUGCUUUGUUUUAAAUGCAAUUUUUCAUUCAUCACCCUCUUUCAUUCUAAUCUAAUGAUAACCACUCAUCAAAUCUGUUCGGAUUGCCUCCUCCCAUGUUCUGAACUGUAACUGAGCUCGUGUACUCAUCUAGCUUGGCUUUAAUUGUCUCUCCUACUGACUUUUCUUGUUUAUUUUUUGCCCCCCAAGUUUCUGAACUGUUACUCUUGUGUAUUUGAAAUGAUGUGCAUAAUUAAAGCGGUUGCAUAACCAAAUAUUACUGGAAUCUCACCAACCAUUAAACAAUCCUCUCCAUGUGUCUUGAUCCUGUUGAGCGUCAGAUGAAUCAUCAUCAUUACCCCAUCCUGUAGGCUGAUUAAAGUGGUAUGUCAGUUGAGGAUGGUUUAGAGUAUUUGAUAUAGAAGUCAAACUUGUUCGGCGAUUGACCAAGCAAAUUCCACUUCUGAGUUGGUAGUAACUAAUGCUCUUCUUUGUCUCAAUUCUAAUUUUUGUUGUUAUCCUUAGUACCAAAGUCCCUCCAUGGUGUUGUUUGGCCCUCAGUCGCUAUAACCUUUUCUGUCCCCUAGUUAGCGGCCUAGGAAACUUCUUGUGUUGAACCAAAUUUCAUUUGCUGACAGGUGUGUCUCCGAAUGUUACUACGAAUUGAACCUUUUCUUCUAUUGCAUUUGGCUUUGAUGCCCAGAUCCUGUGGUUUGUCUCACAAGUGCAACCUUUCUGGUUGGCCUCGUCUGCUGUCUAUCAGGAACCUUAUAGAUCUGCUAUUUAGGAACCCAAGUCAGCUUCAGCUUUGGUCCAUAAUCUUUCUAUGUGUGAUAUCUAGCUUUCCUGAUCCCAAAAGUGCCUUCAGAUUAAUAUUGAUGAUAUUGACUGUUAUCACUGGUGGAAAUGGGUCCUCGUUUAUCAACAUUGAGUUUUCGCUUUUCUCCAUGAAUUUCGAAACAACUUUGUUGAUCUUGUCCUCGACCAAAUUUCUGAAUGUCUAAUAGUAGUUGGUAUGAUGAGUCCAAACAUUGUGGUAUUUACAGUAGUGUUUGCCUUUCACCUCUUCUUUGGAUGGCAAUUUAUCUCCCUAUGGAAGAGUCAAACUUUUCCUAUAAAAAAAAAAAUCAGAAUCUCUUCUGCCCUUGUUAUGUCAAAAGAAUACUGUUACUGGGGUGGCAAAAGGUUAGAAGAGGCUCUUCUUCAUGGUUUUGGAGGUUUUGUCUGUUUACAUAAAGCAAGAUAGACACAACUUCUCAUGUUAGCAAAAUCAGUAAUAUGGGCAUCAUGAAAUAUUUCCUAAAAAUAUGUGUCCAUGGAGGUUUUCCUUUUUUGGUUUUCUUCUCUAAGCAGUUCUUCAUAACCUGUCAUUUUCGUAGCAAGCUCAAAGAAAUUCUUGAAUUCCAUGCCUUGAAACUUCUUCCUAAGCUCAAUAUCCAGGCUGCCUUGGGCCAACUUGACAAACUUACAUUCAGGUAAAAAUUUGCAUCUAUUGCACAUAGUCUUAAACCUAGCAAUGUAUAAGUCCACAGAUCUCCUGGCCUUUUGGUAAAUCCUAGAUAAUUCAACAAUAGAUACUUUAUGUUCAAUUUUAUAAAAUUGUGUAAAAUAAGUGCUCUAUGUCUUGUCAAGUGUGCACAUUUCUCUAAGUAAUGAAGCAUGCUAAGAAAAAGCAACUGCUGUUAGGAAAUUGGGAAACAACUAAGUUAAAUGUCAAAAUUGUUAUAAUUAGCAAGUUCACCACAUUGAACAAAAAAUCCACCAAUAUGUUCUAUGGUGGAUUGUAUGCUAUCACCUAAGAAUAAAGUGACUUCAGAUAUCUUAUAACCCUUAGGGUAGGGAUUAUUCUUAUCCACCUAGGU